GCCGGGAGCGCGCUGCGCUGGUUCACCACCGUGGUCCUGUACGCCGCCUUCCUGGGGCUGGGAAUGAGUAUCUCCAUCCUAGGACCCACAUUUCAAGAUCUGGCAACAAAUGUGAACCAAAAUAUCAGCAGUCUUUCUCUAAUUUUUGUGGGCCGUGCCUUCGGAUAUUUGAGUGGCUCUGUGAUUGGUGGAAUACUUUUUGACAUUAUGAAUAACUUUCUGCUUUUGGGGGUGUCGACACUGGCUACCACAGUAGGUCUUUACCUUGUUCCGUUUUGCAAGACAGCUGUAUUACUGAUCGUCAUGAUGUCUGUCUUUGGUGUUUCAGCUGGCAUUUUGGAUACAGGUGGUAAUGUGCUUAUCUUGGCUCUCUGGGGAGACAAAGGAGCCCCCCAUAUGCAGGCCUUACACUUCAGUUUUGCCUUGGGUGCCUUUUUGGCGCCCCUGCUCGCUAAAUUGGCAUUGGGUACGACAGAGCCUGCUGGGAACCGCACGGAGCCCGACCCUCUCCACCCUGCCCUCAACCAGUCACCUGAGGCAGACUCGGGACCUGUGUUUGGAGUCCCUGAGGACAUGAAUUUGCUGUGGGCUUAUGCUGUCAUCGGGACUUACAUUUUCAUAGUUUCUUCCUUUCUGUUUGUGCUGUUUUUCAAGAAAAGCUCAAGGUGGGAAAAAGCAAAAAUGUCUGCUAGGACAUCUCGAAGGGCGAAAUACCACCGCGCCCUUCUCUGCCUCCUUUUUCUGUUCUUCUUUUUUUAUGUUGGCGCCGAGGUCACCUAUGGCUCUUAUGUGUUCUCGUUUGCCACGACCCACGUGGGCAUGGAAGAGAGCGAGGCGGCCGGGCUGAACUCCAUCUUCUGGGCCACGUUCGCAGCCUGCAGGGGCCUGGCCAUCAUUUUUGCGACGUGUUUACAGCCCAGCACCAUGAUUGUGUUGAGCAACGUUGGCAGCCUGGCUUCGUCUUUCUUCCUGGUGCUUUUUGACAAGAGCCCGGUUUGCCUCUGGGUUGCAACGUCGGUGUAUGGGGCGUCGAUGGCAACCACGUUUCCCAGCGGCGUGUCCUGGAUCGAGCAGUACACGACCAUCCACGGGAAGUCAGCAGCCUUCUUUGUAGUUGGCGGCACCUUGGGAGAAAUGGCUAUUCCUGCGUUAAUUGGAAUUCUUCAAGGAAGAUACCCUGACCUGCCCGUCAUUCUGUAUACAUGUUUGGGGUCGGCAGUAUUCACUGCUGUUUUGUUUCCUGUGAUGUAUAAAUUAGCCACCUGGCCUCUUGCUCACCAGCACAAAGCAAACAGAAAGAGCGAGGACCAGAGAGCUUUGCUGUCUAACCCUAGUAUAAAUGAUUAUGAGGAAGAGGAUGGAGACGAAGAUGCAGAAGAAUGGAAUGAGAUGGAUUUUGAAGUGGUUGACAUGCAGGAUCCAUUGAGGCCCUCUGUGACAGAGCCAUCUAGAAAUCCUCUGAUGGCGCCCACCUUGGAAGUGUCUGACCAGUUUCUUGCUAAUGCGGUGGUGUAGGAGUGCUCUCUGCGCCAGACUGGCAGUUCCUUUGGGGAGCACUCGCCAGAGACCAGGGCAGAGGGGACCAGCACUAAGAGGAGAGGGCUCCUUUAUUGGCGCCCUUGGUGAUCACCACUUGAAGGGGCCAGGCAGAGCUGAGCAUCGCAGGUUGUCAGCCUGCUUUGGGCAGCAACAGUUCUAGGUCCCUUCAUAGCAAAGGCCAGCAAGUGUUGAAAUGUUCGCUGCUCCCUGAUUCUUCCCUACGUAGCCCAGGGGUCUCCCACAGCAGGAGCUGUAUGAGGCUAGUGUUUGGCAUGUGACCGACCAGGCAAUAUUUUCUGGUCUUCACCCCUUCAGAGCAUGCAAAGAAGUCGCUUGUUUUGAGAAGCUGGGUAAUGUUCUGUGGGACAAAAUCCUUAGAAGUGGAGUUGAUUUGCUGAACAAGUUAGCAGGCAUCAAAAUAGUGCCAGGGAAGCUGGGGAAAGUAAAUGGCCAGUUUUUAUCAAUUACUCACUUGGCCUUAUCUAGGCUGAGUCAAAGAAUGCUAAUGACUCUUGUGUGUUUUGCUUUCCAAGAACAGAACACAGCGCGGGGCUUUCAGUUCAUCUCCUGGACUUUGAGAUUCUAGAAAUGAAAAGGAGGAUUUUCACAUUAGGAAUCCAUCAAUUUUAACAUUUAUGUAAGGUGUCUUCUAAUAAUUAGGAUGAGGCUACUUCAAAACUUUUGGAAGUGGAAUUACAAGAGUCAUUUAUUUUGGUGCAAAAACUUUUGAAGCUCACGCAUAGCAUUUUCAUAACACUGUUUCCAUGAACUCUGUGAAGACCUCUCAUGUAAGUACCUGUCCUUCAUUUCAAAUGAGAAGUGAAACAAAAUUAUAAAUAGCUUUAAGAAAGUAGUACUGAUUAUGAAUACUUGUCAAAGUAAUAUACUUAAUGUUUAAUACAUUAUUUGGUUAUUUGAAGAAUAUUUUUCUUAGUACUGCAUUUCACCGAUUCCAGACACAUUUUUCUGUACUUACCAUCUCUGCAAUCAAGAUAUAUCUUCCCAUCAGUGGUCAUUUAACAUUGGCAGUGUUUAUCUCACAGUCCUUUUCGUGUACCUGUAUAAUAUAGAGUUGCAUUUUGUAAUUGGUGUCUUAGAUUCAGUGAGCUCUAGUACUUCAUUCAGUUAUGGAGAUGACACUAUUUUUACAGACAUUUUUAAAAGAAAAGGCAUUUUUCUAGGCUAAUUUCCUGGUUCAUAUGGGACUUGGAGAAACCAUUGUGAGUCUAACCCAGGAUUCAGAGCCACUCCAUCAGGAGUUGGCUGUGGAUGGGGUGUUUUGAGGUCCUUUGCUUACCUCAGUAACAGGGGCUGGUGCAGGCCUCGCUUUUGCAAGAUGUAGGCCACAUGGCUUUGGUUGGUGACCGCCUAGUGCACACAGGGUCCUGUGCGAGGAGCACAGUCUUCUCCAGAGACUGGAGUACUUGUGUUGCUCAUCCAGGGCCCUUGCUUCCUGAGUUUGAGAUAGCUGGGAAGCCACAGUGAAAACUGGCAGAGGGCUGUUGGCCUGGGAGUCAGGGACGAGCAGGGCCCUGCCCAGGAGUGUGGCGGAACUGCUGCGGCUGCCCUUUGACAAAGCGUAGAAGGAUGACAGGUUCUGUGUACAUCUCCCCACAUCUUAUGCUGAGUGACCUCACAUAUCUGCCUUGCACUGUUGCUUUCUCUUAUGUGUGGUCUACACAUUUGCAUUUGUCCUGUCUUGUGUGCAGUACAGCACCUUUCAUGACCAUUUCCUGCCUGUCCAUCUGCCUGCGUCUGUUUGGGUUCGUGUUCAUCACCAACGACUUCGCAGAGGGCUGGUGGAGGCACUGACAUCCCCAGGCCCUGCCGUUUCUGUUCCGUACUCUUCCCUCUGUCUGACCCGGCAGUGACCGCUCAGUCCCAGGCCGUUUCUCAGGCUGGGGGGUUAGGCGGUAGCAGCUGUUCGGCAGCGGAGGGCUCAGAUGGCACUGGGCACGCAGCACCUACUUCUAGAGGCUGGAUACGGGGCUCAAGGAGGGGGUGGGUAAUGGGAGCCUGGCAGGCAGUUUGGAAUGCCUCGUUAGAACGGCCGCGGGGGUUCCUCAGCCCCACGUGAGCAUGCCAGAUGAGAUCGAAGGCUUGGUUACAGUGUGAUCAUGUACCUCCAUUUCGGAAGAAAACAAAAUUCAGUAUUCCAAGGACCGGCAUUCAUCCUGGCCAUCAGUUCUUAGGGGUCUGCUGCUACGCUAGAAAUCGGUGCCCGGUUUUCUGUUGCUGAGUAACCUAACCCAUCAGCAUACAUGUCGCAGCUUAAAUACGAAGACAUGUCUUAUCGCUCGGUUCGUGAGGGUUGGGAAUCUGGGAGCUCUCUGGAUCCUCAGCUCGUGGUCUCCAGGCCUGCAGUCACUUCCGACAGUGCUGCCUUCUCUGGAGCUGAGGCUCCUCUUCCAGGGCUGUGUGUGUACGUUUCUAUACGUAUGUACCACAUGAAGCCUCGGAUACUGUGUGUUUGAUGUUCUGCCAUAAUGUGGCAGUGAGAAGCUGUGGAGGUGAUAAGCAAGGGAUACAGAAAAUGUCCGGAUACAAGUACAGGUGUUUUAAAAUCUUUU